AUGCUUGCGUUCUUGUGUACAUUCCUUCUUUUGCUUCCCUCUCUAUGCGCAGCUGAGCUCCUUGGACCACUUAGCGACGAUUUUCAACAAUGGUUAAUCGCGAACAGUUUAACUCGAGAUAAAUGCUGCGAAAUUGUAGAAAUGGCUAUCAAAGCGAUGACUUUGUCAGAGCUGAUUACGGUACUCAGGGUAGCUAUGGUGGAAAAACUGCCAGUGCGAAUACUGUACGUCAGAUUUAACAAUUUUGAACAGACUGAGAAUAAGUACACCUUUCAUCAGGUUACGAAUGUCCCUGUCAUUUUCAUUCAUGGAAAUUCGGAUGCCGCUUUGUACCUUUCGAAAACGGCUACAGGAUGGACUAAUUCAAUCCAGUAUUUCCUGGGCCAAGGUUACACUCAAGCAGAGCUCUAUGCGACUUCAUGGGGAGACACAAAUGCAAGCAAUGCAGUAAAAAGGACCCACGAUUGCUAUGAUCUGUUACGUCUUAGACGAUUUAUCUUGGCAGUACUUGCUUACACUGGAGCGCCUAAGGUAUCGCUGAUUACACAUAGUAUGGGUGUGACUUUGGGGAGAAAAGCGAUCAAAGGAGGAGCCGUAACAGGAAGUGAUGGUAGAAUUAUUUGA